GCAGCACCGGCCUCAUAAAAAGACUGGAAGGUAGCGACAAGGCAAACAGUUUGCUGGAGCGAAUGCGAUUUCUGCAAGGCUUUCUGAAGGAGAGCGCCCUUAUUGAUGCAGAAGACGAUCACAGUCCGCUUGCACUGUGAGACGACUGCAGACGGGCCUCCUCUGGGUUUUUAAACUGACAUGUGGCUGUCUAGAGCGACACAUCAACCAUAGAGAGACGACAAAAUGAUGGUGACAGCCCUACUCGCCAUUUGUGCCUGUCUGGUUUUUGGAGGCCUGGGGAAACCACAAUUCCCGGAGCAAGAGAAAGAUCCCAAAUUUUGGAACACAUGGGCCCAGCGGACCCUGAAGAACGCUCUGGAGCUACAGAAUCUGAACAGGAACAAAGCAAAGAACCUCAUCCUCUUCCUCGGAGAUGGAAUGGGCAUUCCCACGGUGACGGCAGCGCGGAUACUGAAGGGGCAGCUGAGAGGACAGAGUGGCGAGGAGACCCAAUUGGAGAUGGACAAGUUCCCUUUUGUGGCUCUGGCCAAGACAUAUAACACCAAUGCUCAGGUGGCAGACAGUGCGGGCACAGCCACAGCAUACCUCUGUGGGGUCAAGGCCAAUGAGGGCACAGUUGGCGUGAGUGCAGCCGCCAUCCGCUCCCAGUGUAACACCACUGAGGGCAACGAAGUCACCUCAAUUCUCAAAUGGGCCAAAGAUUCAGGCAAGUCUGUGGGAAUCGUUACAACAACCCGGGUCAACCAUGCCACACCCAGCGCUGCCUAUGCUCAUUGUGUCGACCGAGAUUGGUUCUCCGACAACGAGAUGCCAGCCGAAGCUCUGCAGGCAGGCUGCAAGGACAUCGCCCAGCAGCUCUUUGAAAACAUCCCCAACAUCGAUGUGGUUAUGGGUGGAGGGAGGAAGUACAUGUUCCCCAAAAACAUGUUGGACAUAGAGUAUCCUGAGGUGCCAAAACACAAUGGCACACGGAAAGACGGUAGAAACCUGGUGCAGGAGUGGGUGGACAAAAUGAAAGAUAAGAAAGGCUAUUAUGUAUGGAACAAGAGGGAACUCUUAUCACUAAAUCCUAAUAACGUGGAUUACUUAUUGGGUCUCUUUGAACCUGGGGAUCUGCCAUAUGACCUGGAGAGAAACACUGAGACGGACCCUUCCCUGACAGAAAUGGUGGAGGUUGCCAUCAGGAUUCUGAAAAAAAAUCCCAGUGGAUUCUACCUGCUGGUGGAAGGUGGGCGUAUUGACCAUGGGCACCAUGAGGGCAAAGCCAAGCAGGCCCUGCAUGAAGCUGUGGAAAUGGACCGCGCCAUUGGACGGGCAGACCUCCUGACAAGUAUCCACGAGACUCUCACUGUAGUUACAGCCGACCACUCCCAUGUGUUCAACUUCGGAGGCUACACUCCCAGAGGAAACACUAUAUUUGGGCUGGCUCCCAUGUUAAGUGAUGUAGAUCAGAAACCCUUCACAUCUAUCUCAUAUGGUAACGGACCAGGUUUUAAAGUAGUAAAUGGAGCACGGGAGAAUGUCUCUACUGUAGACUAUCAGGAAAACAACUACCAGGCCCAGGCCGCAGUGCCGCUACGCAUGGAAACCCAUGGUGGCGAGGACGUGGCUGUGUUUGCAAAAGGUCCCAUGGCUCACUUGCUUCAUGGGGUCCAUGAGCAGAACUAUAUUCCCCAUGUGAUGGCAUAUGCAGCCUGCAUUGGCCAGAACAGAGACCACUGUGUUUUAAAGAGCAACACUAGGAGAUUAAGCCCUGCUCUGCUUUACAUUGUAGCUCUACUCAUGCUCACCCGACUUCUGUGCUGACAACACCCCCCCCACCACGAUAACCCUCCCACAUCCCCUCCUCCCCUCACCCUUAACACCUGUUCACUCUCCUCCUUUAACCAUUUGUACACAUUUUGGCUUCUGUUUUUGUGUUAUUUAACCCGUUUCAAAUUUUAUUUUUAUCUAGGAAAUGUUGGACAUGGGUUCACUGUAAGUGUCAACAGAGUCAAGUGAAAGGAUGUUUUAUAACAUUUUGUCCUUUUAGAUGUACCCGCUGCAAUUUGUUGAAUUGUCAUUAUGAAACGGCGUCGCCCAUGACACAUGUAAAGUCAAUGUAAUUUGAUGUUGUAUGGAUAAAUGACUUUGGUGAGUCAGUUAUUCUAGUUAUGGUUUGCCUUUUUUUUUUCAAAUAAGUCUUUUUUUAAAGGUUAAAAAAGACCACUCUUAUAGAUUUCUGUGGAAAGCCUAUAGUUGUUUUAUGUAAUGUAAACCCUGUAGGGCUUUGAUAAAUGUAGUUUUGGCUUGACAAAUGUUUGACAAAUUUUGCCCUUUCGUCAUAUGUUAAUUAUUCAUCUAAGUAAAUCUACCUCAUAAGCUUUCAUCUGAUAUCUCGUACAAUCAUGAUUUGUUUACAAAUCCAAAAUUUUGAUUUCAAGAACUAAGUUGGGAAUGUAUAAAAAGGAAAAAAACAAAACAAAACAUGGCAUGUUUCUCCUGGCAUACAGUAUGUACAUAUUCACAAUGUACCCAAUGAGGGAAAAGAAACCCAACCUACAAUCAUGGUGCAAAAACAGAUGCUUUAAAAUCCUUUAAACAAUAAAGGGGAGUGCGUUGGUUUUCCUAUU